UGGCCUCCCCACAGGGUUCCACCUGCUGCCCUUACCAUGUGAGCAAGCCCCAGGGACAGCUGCCAGAGCCCGUCACAACACCUCCCCACAGCAUGCUGGGGUUGACUCUGGUGUCAUCUUCCCACGGAAAACCAUGAGUCCAUCCCUCCGGGUGGCCACCCACACAGCCAUCAGCCUGGGUACCAUCUGACCCUUCUUGACACCUGCAGGUCCCAGAAUCGAAGAUGCAUCCACUCUGGAGGCUCCUGGUCCUCCUCAGCUUGCUGGCCUUGCCCUCGGCCCUGCACGAGCAGCCCUGGCCUGGCCUGGCCAAGGCCCACAUGGACAGCAAGUCUGCCCUGGCGAGACUUAUUUCCCAGGGCCUCAUGAAGCACAACGCAGAAGGCCGAAUCCGGAAUAUCUGUCUCCUAGACAGUCUGAAUGUCUCAGGCCAGAUGGCCCCAGGGGUGGUGGGCUGGCUAAUUAGCAGCAUGAAGCUUCAGCAGCGUCAAGAAGGCAGACGGUCCAGGCUUGUUUCUCAGUCCAAGACCUUCACGUCUGUGGUCCCUCCCUCUUGCGGGGCCUCUGCUCUCUCCUUGUGCAGCGCCAACAUCACCAACAUUCAGCUGGACUGUGGCGAGAUCUGGAUGUCUUUCCAGAAGGAGUGGUUCUCUGCAAACUUCUCCCUUGAAUUCGACACUGACAUGAGACUGCCCUUCAACGACAAGAUCAUAAAGGCGCAUGUGCACACGAACCUCGUUGUGGAGUUCUGGCUGGAGAAAGACGAGUUUGGCCGGAGGGAUCUGGUGAUAGGCGAUUGCGGCGUGGAGCCCGGCAGCGUCCACAUGACAGUCCUGACUCAAGAUUGCCCACCAAAGAUGAAACAUUUUCUCCGCAACCUCAGACACAAUCUGAAAAAAGUUAUCCCACACCAGGUAGAAAGUCAGGUGUGUCCUCUGACCGGUGAAGUCCUCAGGCAGCUGGAUGUGAAACUGUUGAAAAGCCUCAUGGAACAGGCUGCUGCUCAGGAACUCAACCAACUGUGAAACAGCCAACCCCCCACAUGUCAGACUUAGUGUCCUCCAGCGAUGCACUGAUGAUUAUUAGAGGGAGAUUCCACACCUUGGGACCUUACGCCUUCCUUAGAUUGUGGCUUCCACUGACCCGAAAACAUUGACCACAGGCCCUGUGGACAUCCCGUCCUCUCCCAUAAUAAAUUUUAGCUCUGAA